AGCAGGAUAAAAGACUAUUUACUCUGAACAUGUUCUAAAAACUACUAAUUUGUAUAUUUAGAAUGUAGCAGUAGAUAGAAUAUUACAGACUUUAUUAAAGCUUGGAUUUGAUCAUUUUGUACGAGCUGGAAGCAUGAAAAAGAUUGCGAAAAAUAUAUUACCUUAUACAACAAAGGCAAGAUUGUCGAGUAAUGAAGAGUUGAAAGAAUUAGAGCAAAUGUUAGAAGAUCAGCAAAACUCAGAAGAAGAUGUGGAAAAUAUUUCAACAGCUAUUCAACAUUUUCGUAAAUCAGAAGGUGUCAACUCAGUUCAUAUGUGUAAUGUAGUAGGCACAACAUUUAUGUCGUCUACAUUUGAAGUGUUUGAUAAUAUCAAAUUUCCUUUGAUCUUGGUAGAUGAAUCAUCACAACUCAUGGAGCCCCUAACGAUGGUUCCACUGACGAGAUUUGGGUGUAAUAGAUUAAUUAUGAUUGGUGAUCCUUUGCAGUUACCACCUACGCUUGCUUCAAAUGCAGAAGAAGGUAAAAAUGGACAAGGACUUGAUAAAACAUUAUUCGAUAGAAUGAUUGAAAUGGGUUAUGAGUCUAUUAUGUUGAGAACACAAUAUAGAGUAAGAUAUCUAUGUGUAUAUAUCUAUAUCUUCAUGUAUACUUACAUGUGUACAUUUCUUUUAGUGUCAUCCUCGAAUAUCUAAUAUUAGCAAUAAGCUAUUUUACGACAGAAGACUGAUAAAUGGUGUUACAGAAGAAGAAAGAAAACCAUUAAUUGAAGGAUUGCCUACUUUAUUAUUUGUUGAUGUUGGUGGCAUGGUAAAAUCCACUCUAUAACAUGUAAAACAACACUAAU